AUGUGUGUUUUCCAGCAUGGAUGGGGUGUCUCUGAACAUUUGGUGCAAGAAUACAAUAAAAAUGACAACAAGUGGUCUCUCCAGAAAGAAGGAUUACAAGGACGCCAAAUCACAGAUACCCUAUGGGAGAAAUUUAAAAAUAAACCAUGGCUUUUGGAAGAUGAAACUGGACAAUUUCAUUAUCAGGGAGUUCUUGAGGGUGCACAAACAGCAACAUACUACCUUCUAAUGUUACAGGGGAAAGAGUUUGUUGCAAUCCCUGCUGGAUCAUGGUACAACUUCAACAAAGUUGCACAAUACAAGCAACUUACACUUGAGGAAGCAGAAGAAAAGAUAAAAAACAGAAGGAAAACUGCAGAUGGGUAUGAAAGAUGGAUGAUGAAAGCUGCAAACAACGGGGCGGCUGCUUUUGGUGAAGUCGAAAGGCCUGAUGACAAGGAAGGUGGUGGUGGUGGUGGAGGUGGUGGCAGAGGGCGUAAAAAGAACAAUGCAGAUGAUGAUGAAGGAAAUGUGUCAGAUAGAGGAGAAGAAGAUGAGGAUGAAGAGUUUGCAAGGAAAAAUAGACUUGGACUUAAUAAAAGAGGAGGUGAUGAUGAUGAGGAAGGCCCUAGAGGUGGUGAUCUUGAUUUUGAUGAUGAUGAUAUUGAGAAAGGUGAUGACUGGGAGCAUGAGGAGAUUUUCACAGAUGAUGAUGAAGCAGUUGGUAAUGAUCCUGAAGAACGUGAAGACUUAUUAGCCCCUGAAAUCCCUGCCCCUCCAGAAAUCAAACAGGAUGAAGAUGAUGAGGAAGAGAAUGAAGAACAGGAAGGAGGACUGAGCCAAUCUGGGAAGGAGUUAAAGAAGCUGCUUGGGAAAAACAAUGGUGUCAAUGAUUCGGAACCAGAACAAGAUGAUGAUGAUGACGACGAUGAUGAUAUUGAAGAUGAAAGUUCCCCUGUUCUUGCACCAAAGUCUAACAACGCACCUUCAAAGCGUAUGAAUUUACCAAAAGAAGAACCGGUUGAUAACAGCCCUUCAAAGACGGUUUCCACAGGGUCUGCUCGUGGGACCCCCAAUUCGUCCAAGUCAUCUAAGGGAAAGAGGAAAAGCAAUGACGAGGCUAAGCCUGCAAAUGGUUCAAAGAAAGUGAAAACAGAAACUGAGGUGAAAGGUGUGAAGGAAGAGCCUGCAAAAAGCAGUGCACCCACAAAAGGUGCAUCGGCUUCAAAAGCAUCAGCAGCAGCAGCGGGGGCCCCACAAACAGCAUCUACUAAUACUAAUACUGGGCCGGUCACAGAAGAUGAAAUUAGAGCAGUUUUAUUGCACAAGGCACCUGUUACCACACAGGAUCUUGUUGCUAAAUUUAAAUCCAGGCUACGCUCCAAAGAGGACAAGAGCGCGUUUGCUGAAAUAUUGAGGAGGAUUUCCAAGAUACAGAAGACGAAUGGUCCGAGCUAUGUGGUGUUGAGGGACAAAUGAAAAUAUGAAAUAUCAAUUCAACUUUCCCUUUAUGGAUAUGACUUUAAUUUUGUGUGCUGACAACUGACAACUUUGGUUUUGUGUCUAUGUGUACAAUAAAUCUAUUGUAAAUUGUCAACGACUCUCUCUCUCUACUCUACUCUAGGGGAAUACACAGACAUAUGAUAUAACCUAAAGAGUUGUAGGUGUCUGAUUAUGCAUGCAUGCCAUUUCCUCUACUUUUAAAGCUUUUCCUUGUUUGGUUUCAAAUAGCAAUUAUGUCCACUUGUAGUUGUGUAGAUCCGUGGUUGUCGGAUUAAGGGUGCAUAAUUUUUUUUUUUCUUUUGGCUUUGCUUGGAUGGAAUUUUAGACUCCAAACGUCUUUCUAUUACAUCUUAUAUUAUUGUAAACAAUAUAUUAUGAUUGUUAGCAAGACACCUCUCUAGUUCACUUGUGUAUGUACCGUGAUAAUCCUAAUCGUAAGAAUCACAUAAGUUUUCUUCUUACAGUUUUCUCACAACUUAAAUUUGUUGUUGUGGUUGUAUGUGUGUGUGUGUGUGAAUUAUAAACCUUACGCAUGAAACAUGGCGCCCUUC